AUGGCUAUCUUCGAAUCCCAUGCGACGCUCACAAAGCGCUACUCCCCUUUCCCAAACAGCCUGGAUCCAUUAACUCCAAGCUUCAAGAAGGGCCUUAUUCCUGUUGCUCUCUGCGCGGUGCUAUCAUUGAUAUCGGUGACGGCCCUCCUCGUAUUCAUCACCCAUCGAUUGAUUUCAUGGCGCAGACAUUACAAAGCGUAUGUUGGAUACAAUCAAUACGUCAUCCUCAUCUACAACCUCCUACUGGCCGAUCUCCUACAGUCGAUUGCCUUCUCGAUCACCUUCCAUUGGUUGCGUCUCAAUAGAAUCGUGGCCCUUACCGCACCUUGCUUCAUACAAGCAUGGUUCAUGCACCUUGGGGAUGUGGCCAGCGGAUUCUUCGUCCUCGCAAUUGCGAUACAUACUUGGAUGAGCGUAGUGAAAGGCUACAGGAUGCCAUACAGGCGGUUCGUCGUUGCAAUCCUGUUCAUUUGGCUGGCCGCACUGACCUUGACGGUCCUGGGGCCGGCCACGUUUGGAAAUCGUUUCUUUGGCCGCGCAGGAGGCUGGUGUUGGGUUUCAGCCGAGUUUGAAAAGGAGCGCCUGUAUCUUCAUUACCUGUGGAUCUUCAUCUUCGAGUUCGGCACCAUGGCCGUAUACGGCCACAUUUUUGUCCAUCUCCGAGGCCGAAUUCGAAGCAUCAUGAAUAACGACACCACCAAGCUCUUUCGAGCGACAACGUUCAUGGUACUGUACCCAGCCGUAUACGUCAUCCUAACUCUCCCCAUCGCCAUUGGACGAAUGGUCGUAAUGACAGGAACAGAGAUGCCGGAUGCAUUCUUCUGUGUUGUUGGCACACUUCUCACCUCUUGCGGUUGGAUUGACGCACUUCUCUAUACCUUGACAAGGCGCAUCCUGGUCUCGAACGAGAUGUCAGUACGCCAGCACACCUACAACCGGAAUGUGACAGCCGUAACAGCAAAUGCAACUCGACCCGGCGACGACUUGGGCCUGCAGUCAAUUCCCAAAGACGCCACCACCGGCACGGCACGCACCGUCACAAUCGUGGGCGGUGCGGGAAACCGCAUAUCGCGAUUCGUCGACAAUCGCCGCCGCAGUGUAAUCCGAGAACAACACAACCACCUCGAUACACUCCGCGAAAGCAGCACUUCGGGAUCGCAGGACUCGAUUAUCAAAGCUGGACCUACGUCGAAUGCUAUAUGUAUCGUUACCGAGACCCACCUUCAAGUCGAAAGCACGCCUUACGAUAGUAACUACAACUACAAUAAUGUAGAGAGUUGUCUGCAGUCGGGCAAUCAAAGCGAUAGCGGGUCUAGUGUAGCCUCGCUAGAAAAGAUAAGGCACGUAUAG